AUGCAAGUGCCUACUGCCAUCACAGUUCUCCUUUGGGCCGCCGCAUCUUAUAUCGUUUACGCUAUUAUCGCUAAUUUCCUUAUCUCUCGUCGCAAUGCAGCCAAGGCACUGAAACUCAAGUGUGAAGAGCCUCCGUUUGAAAACAAUCGCUGGCCACUCGGCAUCGACAGUUUACUGCGCGCACUUGCCGCGGAUAGAGCGCACCAUUUCCCUGAAGAUUUGAUUAAGCGUUUCGAGGACCUGGGUACGAAUACUUAUAGGUAUCAGGUUCUUGGAGCGGUAAACAUUCGUACUGCAGACCCUAAAAACAUCCAAGCUAUUCUCGCAAAUCAGUUCUCUGACUUUGAUGUGGGACCAACAAGGCGUCUGACCUUCCUCCCGAUGCUGGGUAAUGGCAUCUUCACGGCAGAUGGAGCCCAUUGGAAGCACUCUCGGGCUAUUAUACGUCCCCAGUUCACGAGAGACCAGGUCAGCGAUCUAAACUUGGAAGAAACACAUGUCCAGAACAUGAUGAGGCUGUUGGAACCCAAGAUAGGAGCGGAUGGCUGGAUUGAGCAGAUUGACCUUUUACCCUAUUUCUUCCGUCUUACGAUUGACUCAGCCACAGAAUUCCUCUUCGGCGAAUCUGUCAACAGCCAGCUCAGGCUCCUCCCUGAGGAGCAAAGUGCCAAGAUAGGUAGCCCGGGGUCUUUCAACGCUGAGAGGAUGAUGAAGUUCGUAAAGGCCUUUGAAUCCGGUCAAACGGUUCUUGCGGCGCGGACUCGUUUCAUGGAUUCCCCCUGGCUUUAUGACUCAUUAGCAUUCCGCGAUUCAUGCAAGAUUGUUCAUGAGUUUGUUGAUCACUUCGUGAGGCUCGCCUUGUCGAAGGAUCUGCGUAAGAAGGAGCUCGAAAAGGGUAAUGGUACCAAGGAGCAGUACAUCUUCCUCGAGGGCCUGGCUGCUGAAACUCAAAACCCGACUGAGCUACGCCAUGAACUGCUACACCUCUUGCUCGCUGGUCGCGAUACAACUGCCUCGCAUCUCGGCUGGGUCUUCCAUAACCUUUCCCGCGACCCAGCACGCUAUAAGAAGCUACGUGACAUUAUCCUCACCGACUUCGGCACCUACGACCAGCCCAAAGAGAUCACUUUCUCAAAACUCAAGGGUUGCAAGUAUCUCCGAUACGUCAAUGACGAAUCAUUGCGGAUCUACCCCGUCGUGCCCAUAAACGCACGCUAUGCAAACAAAGACACGACACUUCCCCGCGGCGGAGGUAAAGAUGGAAACUCGCCGAUCUUUAUCCCGAAGGGUUCGUCAUGCGAUUUUUCUGUCCACGUUAUGCAUCGACGGAAGGAUAUCUGGGGUCCCGACGCGGACGAGUUUAAACCGGAACGGUGGGAGGGAAGGAAAGUUGGGUGGGAAUAUUUGCCGUUCAACGGAGGUCCGAGAAUUUGUGUCGGCCAGCAAUUUGCGCUGACCGAAGCGAGUUAUGUGACAGUACGGUUGUUGCAACGGUUCGAUAAGAUGGAGAGUUUGGAGAAAGACGCGGUUGUGGGGCACAAUUUGACGUUGAUCAACUGUAUUGCGAACGGCGUCAAGGUUAGGCUGCAUGCUGCAUGA